AUUCUCUCUCUUAAAGUGCCAUUUUAGAUUGAGACCAAACCAGGCAUGUUACAGAACAGAGUUGGCUUGCUUCUCAAUCCUAAAACGCGUACUCCUUCUCUCCUUUGUUCUUUCCCCUUUUCCAUUUAAUUAUAUAUUUUAAAUUAGUAUUGUCCCAUCAAAGGCUACACUUUUGCAUUCCAACGGCGGUUGUAUUUCAUGUGAAGGGAGCUGAUAUUUGGGUUUUUUUUUUAUUGAUGAACUAAGUGGUGCCGAGAUUUGAGAUCAUUUGGUGAAGAAAGAGGCCGAGUUUUGCUGAGUUGGGUUGUUCUGUUUCUGUAGUGAGUUAUGGACACCGGAGGUCGACUCAUUGCUGGUUCUCAUAACAGAAAUGAGUUUGUUUUGAUCAAUGCUGAUGAAAAUUCCAGGAUAAAGUCCGUGAAAGAAUUGAGUGGGCAAACAUGUCAGAUCUGUGGGGAUGAAAUUGAGAUUACAGUCGAUGGAGAGCCCUUUGUUGCAUGCAAUGAAUGUGCGUUCCCUGUCUGCAGACCCUGCUAUGAGUAUGAGAGAAGAGAGGGAAAUCAAGCUUGCCCUCAGUGCAAAACCCGAUACAAACGAAUCAAAGGCAGUCCUAGGGUUGAAGGUGAUGAGGAAGAAGAUGACAUAGAUGAUCUGGACAAUGAGUUUGACUACGAUACUUCAGAUCCUCAGCUAGUUGGUGAGACAAUGCUCAGUGGACGCCUUAACUCUGGCCGUGGUUCUUACCCUAAUGCUUCGGGAAUGCCAGCACACUCGGAAUUGGAUUCUUCUCCUCCUAGCUCACAAAUUCCUCUAUUGACCUAUGGUGAGGAGGGUUUGGAGAUUUCUGCUGAUCAUCAUGCUCUCAUUGUACCCCCUUUUAUGGGCCACGGAAAUAGAGUUCAUCAAAUGCCUUAUUCUGAUCCUUCUGUACCUUUGCAACCCAGACCAAUGGUUCCUAAGAAAGAUAUAGCAGUAUACGGUUAUGGAAGUGUCGCAUGGAAGGAUCGGAUGGAGGAGUGGAAGAAAAAGCAGAAUGACAAACUUCAGGUAGUUAAGCAUGGAGGAGGGAAUGAUGGUGGAAAGUUUGAUGGAGAGGAGUUGGAUGAUGCUGAUUUGCCAAUGAUGGAUGAGGGCAGGCAACCACUUUCGAGGAAGCUACCCAUUUCUUCAAGCAAGAUAAACCCAUACAGAAUGAUUAUCAUUCUCCGUCUUGUGAUUCUUGGCCUAUUUUUUCAUUAUAGACUUCUACAUCCAGUCAGGAAUGCUUAUGGCUUAUGGUUGACAUCUGUAAUAUGUGAAAUAUGGUUUGCUGUUUCGUGGAUUCUUGAUCAAUUCCCAAAAUGGUUCCCUAUAGAGCGUGAGACAUACCUUGAUCGAUUAUCUCUGAGGUAUGAGAAAGAAGGGAAGCCAUCAGAAUUAGCUAGUGUAGACGUUUUUGUGAGUACAGUGGAUCCAAUGAAGGAACCUCCACUGAUCACAGCGAACACUGUUCUGUCAAUUCUUGCUGUUGAUUAUCCUGUCGAUAAAGUUGCAUGCUAUGUAUCCGAUGAUGGUGCUGCUAUGCUCACAUUCGAAGCACUUUCUGAGACAUCCGAAUUUGCUAGGAAAUGGGUUCCCUUCUGUAAAAAAUUCAAUAUUGAACCCCGUGCUCCGGAGUGGUAUUUUUCUCUGAAGAUGGACUAUCUAAAAAACAAAGUUCAUCCAGCUUUUGUCAGAGAAAGGCGAGCUAUGAAGAGAGAGUAUGAAGAAUUUAAGGUUAAGAUAAAUGGAUUGGUUUCAACAGCCCAGAAAGUUCCCGAGGAUGGCUGGACAAUGCAGGAUGGAACUCCAUGGCCAGGAAACAAUGUUCGUGACCAUCCUGGCAUGAUUCAGGUUUUCCUUGGUCAUAAUGGUAUUCGGGAUGUGGAAGGAAAUGAAUUACCUCGCCUAGUCUACGUAUCUCGUGAAAAGAGGCCAGGCUUUGAACACCAUAAAAAGGCUGGGGCAAUGAAUGCGUUGAUACGAGUAUCGGCAGUCCUCUCAAAUGCUCCAUAUCUUCUGAACGUUGACUGUGAUCACUAUAUUAACAAUAGCAAAGCACUUAGAGAAGCCAUGUGUUUCAUGAUGGACCCAACGUCAGGGAAGAAAGUUUGUUACGUGCAGUUUCCUCAAAGAUUUGAUGGAAUUGAUAGACACGAUAGAUACUCGAAUAGGAAUGUUGUGUUCUUCGAUAUCAACAUGAAAGGAUUAGAUGGCAUACAAGGACCAAUUUAUGUUGGGACAGGGUGUGUUUUUCGAAGGCAAGCACUUUACGGUUUUGAUGCUCCAGUUACCAAGAAACCUCCUGGCAAGACCUGCAAUUGUUUGCCGAAAUGGUGCUGUUUCUUGUGCUGUUGUUCAAGAAAGAACAAGAAAACCAAGCAGCGGAAGGAGAAGCAAAAGAAGUUUAAGCCGAGGGAAGCUUCGAAGCAGAUACACGCUCUUGAAAACAUUGAAGGGGGAAUUACAGAGUCGAAUACUCAGAAGUCAUCAGACACAUCAGAAAUGAAAAUGGAAAAGAAAUUCGGUCAGUCCCCUGUUUUCGUGGCUUCCACUCUUCUGGAGAAUGGCGGUGUUCCUCAAAAUGCAAACCCUGCAUCAUUACUGAGUGAAGCUAUUCAAGUCAUAAGCUGUGGUUAUGAAGAUAAAACCGAAUGGGGGAAGGAAGUUGGCUGGAUAUAUGGCUCGGUGACUGAGGAUAUCCUGACUGGAUUCAAGAUGCACUGUCAUGGCUGGAGAUCUGUGUAUUGCAUACCCAAACGCCCCGCUUUCAAGGGUUCCGCUCCUAUUAACCUCUCAGAUCGUUUACACCAAGUUCUACGAUGGGCUCUCGGAUCUGUUGAAAUUUUCUUAAGCAGACAUUGUCCCAUUUGGUAUGGAUAUGGGGGUGGGUUGAAAUGGUUGGAACGAUUUUCCUACAUAAACUCAGUUGUAUAUCCGUGGACAUCAAUUCCCUUGAUUGUUUACUGUACCCUUCCAGCUAUCUGUCUCCUCACCGGACAGUUUAUCGUUCCUGAGAUUAGCAACUACGCCAGUCUCGUAUUUAUGCUUCUCUUCAUAUCAAUUGCCGUGACCGGUAUCCUUGAGAUGCAGUGGGGUGGUGUCGGAAUUGAUGACUGGUGGAGAAAUGAGCAGUUCUGGGUAAUCGGAGGUGUUUCAUCACAUCUUUUCGCCCUCUUUCAGGGUUUACUAAAGGUACUUGCGGGUGUCAACACAAGCUUCACUGUGACCUCUAAGGCAGCGGAUGAUGGUGAAUUUUCGGAGCUUUAUAUCGUUAAGUGGACGACCUUGUUGAUCCCUCCCACAACCUUAUUGAUCAUAAACAUAAUCGGUGUCGUGGUUGGGAUCUCGGAUGCCAUCAAUAAUGGGUAUGAUUCAUGGGGUCCGUUAUUUGGUAGACUAUUUUUCGCCUUCUGGGUUAUCAUCCACCUCUACCCCUUCCUCAAAGGUUUGCUUGGGAAACAAGACAGGAUGCCAACCAUCAUAUUGGUGUGGUCUAUUCUGCUGGCCUCAAUCUUGACUCUUAUGUGGGUUAGAAUAAACCCAUUCGUCUCGAAAGAUGGCCCUGUAUUAGAACUUUGCGGUCUGAACUGCGAUGACUAGGAGACGACGGCAAACAACACGAAUAAAGAAGCAGUAGCAACAGAAGCAGCUCGAGGUCUUGAGUUUUCGAUCUCUUCCAGCAAGCUGAAAUUUUGAGGCAAAGGGGGUGUAGAUAUAGGCUGUGACAUCAAUGCUAUUUUGUUUUCUACAGAGUUCUUUUUCUAUUAAUUCUUUUAUUAUA